UGCAGCAACUGUGGAGUGGGCCCACAUUCAACUCUACUAUUCACAGUUUACAUUAGUUUCACUUAGUCAUGUUGAUAUGUAUGUAACACUAUUUAAAGAAUAGACAGCAGCAGCCCUUACAAUCGUAACAUUUAUCAUGGCUUUAUCUAAGGGACCAGUGUCAAGAGCUGAGAAGAUACCAAGAGCCACUCCUGUACUACAAGACAGCAAUUGUAUAGCAGCUAUUGACUUUGGAACAUCAUCACUAUCAGUAGCAUAUACCACUCCAACAACAGGAGGAGAUGUAAAAGUUCUACCACUUCACAGUACAAUGGAAAGAAUCCCUAAUGCUAUAUUAAUCUCAAUAGACCAGGAGAACCAGCAAUGCAAAGUCACUGGGAUUGGACAUGAAGCACAAAAUAUGCACAGCAGUAUGAAAAAAGAUCACGCUAAAAACUUCAUAUACUUUGAAAGAAUAAAAAAUUUACUGAAAAGAGACAAAUCAUUAGGUCGUACUACUGAAGUCUCUUCAUUCACUGGUGGAUCUUAUUAUCUCAUUGAAGUUAUAGCUUUUAUACUAACACACCUCAAGAAGAAGCUACUCACUGAUCAUUUGAAAGGAAACUACAAGUCAAGUGAUUUUGAUUGGGUCAUUACUGUUCCUGCUAUAUGGAAAGCAAGAGCAAGAAGAAUGAUGAGAGAAGCUGCUUAUAUGGCUGGUCUCACUUCUGAUGCUCCUGGUAUAACAAGGUUCACUCCAGUUGGUUCCCCUUUACCACGUCCAGAGGAGGUUAAUCCUCAGAAGCUAUCAUUAGCUCUAGAACCAGAAGUAGCUGCUAUAGCUGCACAUAAGUAUUCAGAAGUAUCAGGGUCCCCUCCACAGAGAUAUAUGGUAGUUGAUAUAGGAGGAGGUACAGUUGAUAUUACUGUACAUGAUAAGAGUAAUGGGAGAAUUAGUGCAGUACUACCACCAAUGGGGAACAACUGGGGAGGCACUACUGUCAAUGAAGCAUUUUCAGAAUUACUACAAGAAAUAGUAAAAGACAGAGGUUUUACAUCUUUUUUAAAGUCAAAUCCCAUUAAUGCCAAAGCCACCUUAAAUAAUUUUUUCUUUGAAGAGUUUGAGAAGCACAAAAAAAUAUUUGGAGAUGCAAAUGAAGGCAUUCGUGAAAUAGUACCAACAUUGCCAACAUCUUUUGUAAAACACUAUGGUGAUAAGAAACUUCGUCAAGCAAACAAGAAGAAUAUACACUAUGAUCCAGGAGAUGCUUCAUUAAGCAUAGCAUAUCAUCUAUUAGAAGAGAAGGUAUUCCAAUUAACAAUGGAUAAAAUCACAGAGUGCAUGAGGGCAGCAUUUGAUGCACUAACAGGUCAUAUCAAUACAGUUUAUCUGGUAGGAGGGUUUGGAGGGUGUAGGUUUGUCAGGCAAAAGAUAGAAGAAGCCAUUCGUCAGCAUCGUGGUAUUCUUUAUGAUAAUAUAGUGUGUCCUAUACAACCAGAUCUUGCUGUUGUAUCAGGAGCAGUAAUGUGGAGGAAAGAUCCUAACAUAAUCCAAUCACGUGUUGCUGAUGCUACCUAUGGGACAGGUGUUAAUGUUGAAUUUGACCCAUCAAUACAUGAUGAACAUUACAAGUAUGUAAAUGAAGAUGGUAUACUACGUUGUGCCAAUGUCUUUGAGAUAUUUGUACUCAAAGGAGAAGAGAUAAAGGAUGAAGUAUAUAAAGCUACAUAUAUACCUGGCCGUCAAAGAUACACACAAAUGCAUAUCCCUAUAUACUGUACAGGAGAUGAUGGAGUUCAGUAUAUAGUAGAUAAAGAAGGUAAACUAACAGUACGUAAGAUUGGUGAACUGGUACUUGAUAUUCCUAAUCCUGAUAAUGUACCAAAGAAAGAGAGAGAAUUUGACGUAUUCAUGGAUUUCAGUGGUACAGAGAUACAAGCAAGAGCUCAGUAUCGUAUCACUGGAGAAGAAGUGAAAACAGUUUGUGACUUUCUAUCAAAACAACACUAAUAAUAAUAAUGAACUAAAUAGUUUGAGAAUAUAUACAUGUAAUAUAAGAUUAACAACUGCUGUACUUAAGAAUCGUAAUACUACAUGUAGUCUUAUGAACAGUGACUUUUGUGUGCAUUUAAUUACGAACGGUUGGAAUAUUAUUAGUAA